CCCUCUCUCUCAGUCUCUCUCUUUGUGCGAGUAGACUAUUAUCAGUAGGUGCAAAGGAGUCAAGAAAGUACUGUGAAGCUUGAAUGGUAGCGGUACGUGAGCAAGAUUGAUUGAAGUAGUAGUGAAAAAAGAUUAAUUUCUCGGGGCCGUUUGCAUUUCUUUAUUGGGUCGCCGAAGAAACAAGAAGUUAUGGCUACGGUGCCUCAAGAAGCGAUCAAUGAGCUCCAGGCUCUGAUGGAUCGAGUUGACGAGCCGUUGAUGAGAACAUUCGAGGGAAUCAGUCGUAGCAUCAGUAUUAGAUGAACAAAACAGUAAGUUGUGGCAUUUCAUGGAUUGGAGCAUGAUAUUGGGUUGCCAGGGGAAGAACGUUCAUCAAGGUUAUCUUAAAGAAACUCUGGUGCGUUUUCUAAAGGCGAGAGAAGGCAAUGUUGCCAAAGCCCAUAAAAUGUUGUUGGAUUGUUUGAAGUGGCGUGUUCAAAAUGAGAUCGAUGAGAUUUUGUCGAAACCGAUUAUCCCUGCUGACUUGUACAGAGCUGUGCGAGAUUCACAACUUAUCGGAUUGUCAGGUUACUCCAAGGAGGGACUCCCAGUAUUUGCUUUCGGGAUUGGGCUUAGCACCUACGACAAAGCUUCGGUUCAUUAUUACGUGCAAUCACAUAUUCAGAUCAAUGAAUACAGAGACCGUGUAAUUUUGCCUUCGGCAUCCAAGAGGUACGGGCGACCUAUUACCACCUGUUUCAAGAUUCUAGAUAUGACCGGCCUGAGGAUUUCAGCCCUUAGUCAAAUAAAGUUGUUGACAAUUAUAACGACUGUUGAUGACUUGAACUACCCUGAGAAGACGAAUACCUAUUACGUUGUGAACGCUCCAUACAUCUUUUCUGCUUGUUGGAAGGUUGUGAAGCCACUUCUGCAAGAGAGGACAAGAAAGAAACUUCAGGUGUUGCCUGGUUGCGGACGUGACGAUCUACUAAAGAUAAUGGAUUACAGUUCCCUCCCACAUUUUUGCAAGGGGGAAGGAUCGGGUUCUGGUCGGCAUUCAUCACACGGACUGGAAAAUUGCUACUCCUUGGACCAUCCCUUUCACCAACAGCUUUACAGCUACAUCAAUGAGCAAGCUCUGAUUCGUAAACCCGCCCAACCCAUCAAACAGGGCUCUAUCCAUGUCGCUCUGCCCGAGCCUGCUGCAGAAGGGACAGAUAUCGCCAAAACCAUAGAAUCGGAACUACAAAAGUUUGAAAACGGAAGUGGGAUGCCUGACUCGCUGGAUGGCCUUAAAAUCAAUGGCGAUUGAAGCUGCUGGGAUCGAAAUGCUUCGGACAACUAUGUGCAGCGAUGAAUCUAACAAGAGCUGAUCAUUUCCUUGAUUCAAUUACGUGAACGGUGAUGUGUGGGCCAUUUCCAGUUGCGCGACAUGAUGGCACAAUACAUAGGGCUCACCCUAAUAUCUAUGUUAUCUUCUCGAGGUAACCUAAUCCAGCCGGAUGUACCUUAGUGUACUGAAUAGCCAAAAGCCAUGUUCCCAUCCGAUGUAUGACCUUCGGGCAUGUUGUAAUAUUCAUUUCUACAUGCAAGUUAGUAUCAUUUCUACAA